AUGGUGGGAGCAAAUUUCCCGACUCCAAAGCCCAAGGACCUGACUUGUUUUUACAUCAACGGUCGAUACGUCAAACCGAUCUGCGAGGAAACGUACAUCUUGCGAAAUCCCAAGGAUGAUACAAUCGUGGCCGAUGCGGUCCCCAUUGGCGGACCUGAGGACGUCGACGCAGCAGUUGCAGCGGCCGAGGAAGCCUUUACUGGACCAUGGAGCAACUUCACGGCCGCACAACGAUCAGAGUGUCUCCGCAAGCUCGCUGACCUGCUGGAAGACAGCCUGGUUGACAUCCUGACCCUGGAUUCAAUGACCACGGGGAAUCCAGUUUCCCUUAUUCCGACACGUGAGAAGACUUAUAUCAAAAAUAAUUUGCUAUACUAUGCCGGGUGGACGGACAAGCAAAGAGGAGACUACUUUCCAGCCGACGAUGGGUUCGUCAAACUGGUGCGCCACGAGCCUUUGGGCGUGUGCGUGGGAAUCAACCCGUACAACUCUCCGGUCGCGUCAUUCAUCAUCAAAGCCGCACCAUGUCUCGCAACGGGCAAUGUGUUGAUCAUCAAGCCUUCGGAGAAAUCUCCCUUCGGAUCCUUGGCCCUGGCUCCCUUGUUUGAGCAAGCCGGCUUUCCAAAGGGUGUGGUGCAGGUGGUGUGCGGCGAUGGUCGAACUGGGGCCCUCUUCGCCCAACACAUGCGUGUGAGGAAGAUAAGCUUCACGGGCAGUAUUGCAACGGGGAAGAAGAUUCAGAUCGCGGCGGCAGCGAGCAACCUCAAAAGAGUUACCUUGGAGCUUGGGGGCAAAAGUCCAGCUGUGAUUUUUGAAGACGCGAAUAUUGAGAACGCCCUUACGUGGACCAUUAACGGGAUUCUGGCUCGGUCCGGCCAGGUCUGCGUUGCAGCGUCGCGAAUCUACGUUCAGAAAUCGAUCGCGGCCAGGUUUAUCGAAGCUUAUAGCCAGCGGAUGGAAGCAGCGGCUUCGCAACUAGGUGACCCGCAAGAUCCCCGAACGACGCUGGGGCCUCUUGCCGAUGCAGCCAGUUUCUCCAAAGUCCAAGCGAUGAUCGAGCAAGGCAAGACCGAAGCCGAACUCGUAGUUGGAGGCGUCAGGCACGGCCCUGACGGCUGCUUCAUGAAACCGACAGUAUUCCUGCAUCCUAAGCCGGACGCGGAAAUCUACAAGACCGAAGUUUUUGGACCGGUUGCAGUCAUUCGGACUUUUGAGACCGAGGAAGAGGUUCUCAGGCUGGCAAACGACACAGAGUAUGGGCUGAUGGCGGGGGUUUUCACCAGAGACAUCAAUAGGGCGCUGAGGGUGUCUAGCAAGAUUGAUUCCGGGGUCUGUGGUAUCAACUGCAUCUCUUACAUGAGCAUUCAGGCCCCGUUUGGAGGGAGAAAAUCGUCUGGGAUCGGCAGAGAGUUUGGCGAAUACGCUUUGCGAUCUUUCACCGAGCCAAAGACGGUGCUGAUCAACAUGAACUCGUGA